AUGAUUAACACAGAUCUUCAAGUAGUUGCAGCAGAAGCUUAUUCAGCUGUGGGAGGAGGACAGGCAAAAGAUGUUUCACCAGCCCCUCAGCUCAGUGACUGGCAGUUGGCAAACCCUUCUUUGCCUCCUGGGUUGAAGAAGCCUAAUGGCAUCAUGGAUGCUGAGCAGUUCCACAGGCAUUUGCAGUUGCGAAGGAAGCGGUCCAUUCUGUUUCCCAGUGGAGUUAAGAUCUGCCCUGAUGAAUCUGUUGAGCAGGCUAUUGCCAAUCAUCUGAAGUAUUUCAGGCUCAGAGUGUGCCAGGAAACAGUCUGGGAGGUCUUCAAGACGUUCUGGGACAGGCUGCCGGAGCGUGACGAGUAUAACACCUGGAUGAGCCUGUGUGAGGAAGGCAUGAUGAGUAUCUUUGAAAUGGGCACCAACUUCAGCCAGUCUGAGGAGCACCGGAGCCUGAUUGUGAAGAAACUGGCCUAUACAAAGGAAGCCAUGGGCAGUUCCUGUGCUGAUUGGUCAUGUGGUGGGACUCCUACUCCACCUUUGGAUGCUGAUGUUACCACACUGAGAGAUGCAGCUGCCAAUGUUCCUCCUCCUCAUGAGGUCUCCAUCGAGAGUCCUGAGGGUGAUACCAUCCCUGAGCAUGACAAUGUAGACACCACUAUCAAUAAUGAGAUAAAGAAGCAGGAUGAAAAGCUAGUUAGACCUGUAACUGAGCAGAUGAUUGAGUUCAACAUUUUGAUUGUUGGUGAACAAUACAGUGAGGAGCUGAAGGACCCAUCUGCUGCUGAGUAUCAACUGCUGUCUGAACGAUUCAUUUCUCAGAUUAAAAAUGUAUUUGAAGGACUACCUGGAUACAAAAACAUCCACAUCCUGGAUUACAGUGGAGUGGAAGUUCACUAUGCUGUGACAUUUGAUGGAAAAGCCAUCAGCAAUGCCACCUGGGACCUGAUUAACCUGCAUUCAAACAAGGUGGAGGACAACUCCUUCAUGGGCAUAGAGGACAAUCCAACAGUUGUGUACACCAUCAGUGAUUUCCGAGAUUAUAUUGCUGAGAUCCUCCAGAAAAAUGCUCUGCUUGAAAAUGCUUCCAUCUCUUUGGACCCUAACUCUCUUCAGCUUACUAAUGUGAAGGAAAUACUGCACCCCACAUCAGAAGACCCAUCCUGGAUCACUGAGCAUCCAGUUGUGCUGGAGCGCCCAGAGUUUGAUGACAGCACCUUUUUAGCUGAACGACCUUCUGCAGAUGAGUCAACGGUCAGCAAUGCCUUGCCCUUUGAUUACACCAAACCAGAUUCCACCUCAGACAGUGAGCAGUCCAGUGACAAUGAAAUCCAGCCAAGACCAGAGAACAUGGACUAUGAGGCUGGUUUGGCACCUGAAGCUCCACUUUCCUCAGAGGUUGAUGUCACUUCUUUGCCUGAUGGGCAGAAUUUAGAGACUUCUCAUUUAGUCACUGUACCAAUGUUAGAGCAUGAUUCUAUGGACUCUCUGGAAUGGCUUUCAGCCCCCAGUUCUUUAGAUGAUACUGGGCUAUCUGAAGAACUUUUGCCUUUAAGUCCUUCUCACCUUGUGCCUGAAGAAUCUCCAUCUACUGAUGACUUUGAAGUUCCUCUACUUUCUGCACCAACAGUGGCCUCUUCAUCAGUCAUAGAGACUGAUAUUAAAGAGAAGGAAGAAGUAAUCCAAGGUAGUCCUGAGGGCAGUGACAGUGCAGACUCUGUGGAAGAAAUUCCUUUUCCCUUAGAAGUGCCCCCUAUGGAAGACGAAACUGAUAUAUUUCUUGGAGAUAGAGUUAUAUAUGAUGAUGGGUCUGGUUCAGCUUUUGAUGGUUCAGGAAAAGAAAUGGAAUCAAGUAUCUGGCCUUGGGAAGAAGCAACCCUGGAACCAGUUUUCUACCCUGGUCCUGAUAGCUGGCUUGAAGAUGACAAUGAGUCUUUGUUAAUCAAACCUGAGGAUAUCCCUGAAGGCAUGAUUUUAGACUAUAUUCUUAACUCUGGGAAUAAAUUAGAUUAUGAUCUUUCCAAAGAUGAGAAUGAAGGGAUAGUCAAUAUAAAAGAUUUCCUUGAUGAGUCUGAAAUAUUUGUCUUUCCAGAGACGACAACUCCGCAAGUACCUCUGUUACAGACAGAAGAGCCAUCGUCUGUGGAACCAUCUACACAGACAGAAACACUGGGCAUGUAUGAUUCUUCUUUUGUCAUGCCAGCUGGAGAGGCCCCUGUCUCACCACCAUAUACAGAUCUGUCUGUGGAAGAUAGUCUCCAUACAUCCACAGGGACUGUCAGUAUGGAGCAAUCUGAGGAGUCUAGUGUAGGCCAGAACAUAAUUCCUGAAGUAGUUGAACACCAAAGUGAAGAUAGGGCAGUGGUAGAAGAACUAUUCACAGCGAGGCAGCCGGAUGUAAUGGAAACUGCUACAGUAGAACACUUGGACACAAUCUCUUUAGAAACUAUUCUGACUGCAGAUCCUUCUGUGGUAAAGCCUGAUGCUUCCACAGAAGAGCAGCAAGCCCUAGAUUCAUCACUGGCAGACCAAGACACUGCUGGUUCAGCAGUGAAGGUGCCAGCUGAUGUUUGGCCUACUGACAGGGCACUAGAAACCUCCUUAGAUCAGACAGUGCAACCAGCAAUUCCAGCAGUUACUCAAGGUUCAGCUGCAUUUCCUUCUGUAACAGAUCACACCACUGUCCUAGAGGGCUUUCCUGGACAGCAUGGUACAGACCAUGACACACAUAUGUCCAUGAGCUUCAGCACUGUUAUGGAUUAUCAAACAGUGAGUGUAACAACGAGCACUGUUGAGCUUCAGCCCCACCUCCCUCCUGUGGGAUCCACACCGUCAUUGUCUGUGGCUACCUCAGCAAAGCUGGGAGAUGAAACAACAAGAGUCCUGGAUGUUUCAGUAGACCUGGGUCGUGUUAGCACUGUUCACUUUUCUCCUGAGCGGACUGAGGAGGGAAGGAGAAUGACUGAAAGUCACAUGGAGCUGACAACUCAUGUCCAGUCCACAGAGAUGGCCAGUGUGGCUUGGGCCACACAUGAAACCCACUACAGCAGUACUGUCCCAUCCCGAGCUCUAGUUGUGUUCUUCAGUCUUCGGGUUACCAACAUGAUGUUUUCAGAGGACCUGUUUAAUAAAAACUCCCCUGAAUAUAAAGCCUUGGAGCAGCGAUUCUUGGAGCUGCUGGUGCCCUACCUUCAGUCAAAUCUGACAGGAUUCCAGAACCUGGAAAUCCUGAACUUCAGAAAUGGCAGCAUUGUGGUGAACAGUCGAAUGAAAUUUGCCAAACCUGUGCCCCGGAAUGUCACCAACGCUGUGUACAUGAUCCUGGAAGAUUUCUGCAACACUGCAUAUCACACCAUGAACCUGGCCAUCGAUAAAUACUCUCUGGAUGUGGAAUCAGGUGAGCAAGCAGACCCCUGCAAGUUCCAGGCCUGCAACGAGUUCUCUGAAUGCUUAGUAAACCGCUGGAGUGGGGAAGCUGAGUGUGUCUGCAACCCUGGCUACCUCAGCAUCGAUGGGCUGCCAUGCAACAGCAUUUGUGAUCUGCAACCAAACUUCUGCCUGAACGAUGGCAAGUGUGACAUAAGCCCUGGGCAAGGGGCCAUCUGUAGGUGCCGUGUGGGAGAGAACUGGUGGUACAGAGGGGAGCACUGUGAGGAAUACGUGUCCGAGCCACUGGUUGUGGGUAUUGCAAUUGCUUCUGUGGCAGGAUUCCUUCUUGUGGCAUCUGCUGUCAUCUUCUUCUUGGCCAGGACCCUUCGAGACCAGUACACAAAGAGUGAUACUGGGGACUCCCAGGGGCAGGGUGACAGCCUCUCGUCCAUUGAGAAUGCAGUUAAAUACAACCCCAUGUAUGAAAGUGAUACGACUGGCUACAGCCAUUAUUACCGGAGAUAUCCACAGCUAACGUCCUACAGUUCCACCAGUGCAGAGACAUCCACAGACUACAGCAGUGAAGAGAUCAGGCACAUUUAUGAAAACAGUGAGCUUACUAAGGAGGAAAUUCAGGACAGAAUUCGAAUUAUAGAGCUCUACGCUAAAGACCGCCAGUUUGCAGAGUUUGUUAGGCAGCAUCAAAUGAAGCUGCUUUAAGAAAAAAAAGAAAUUGAUAGAAUACACGUGGGAGAUAAACGCUACCUUGCUGCCCCAGCAAUGGGCUCAGAUGUAACUGCAAAGUUACUUAUAGUCUUAACAUUGCAUGGAUGGAUACAGAUGUUUUCUAAGUGAAUGGCUAAAAUGUACAGAUACCUGUUAAUCUCAAUUUCUUCUGGCUCUUCCGUGUAAAAUGACACUUUUAAAGAGGUGAUCAGAAGCGGCAGAGGUUAUGAAAGUUCAUUUUUCUUUAACUUCAUAAUGGACAUUGAAAGAUUUUGUAUACAAGGGCAAAAAAAAAUCUUCUUGGGUAAGACAAAGAUAUAUGCACAACCAAAAUAAAAUGCACAUUGAAAAUCCCUGCCUGGCAUUUUAUCCCCUCACUGGCGAUUCCAGUGGCAAUUUAUGGGUAUAAAACACUAGCAGAAGAAAAUAUUUGAUUUGCAAAGGAAUCAGUUGUAGGGGAGAACUAUUGUGCUGGAGUUAUGUCGGCAUUAUUUUAAAGCACCCACAAAAUUUUAAAGCAGACACAAACAAAAGCUCACUGGAAAAGCUUUUGUUCUUUACAGAUGCCUGAUGUACAUUUUGCCACCUGGCAUUAGCAAAGCAGAGGAUAGCACCGAGCCUGCAGCCCCUGAGGGCUGUCCCUGGAAAUCAGCAUCACCACCAGUGACCCCACAGGGAGCCUUGGCCAGGCAGGACAGUGCUUCUGCAGCACACUGCAGUGUCUUUAAAGCCAGCAUGGUUGGUUCUCCAGCUUAUUCUGGCAGACACAC